AUGUCGCAUCAGCCUUUCUUGCAUGAGGCCGACGACUGGCCUCUCCCCGCUAGUCGCAGAGAGAGCACCGUUUCAUCGUCAACACGCUCUUCAGGGUCUCUCAGCUUCGUCUCGUCGCCUCCCUUUUCGCCGUCUCUAAGUCCUUCUGUCUUUUCAUCCCCGGCUUCCCGACCGAGGGAAGGCUCCGUGAACGAUGAGGUCGCCCGAUUGCCCCUCAAUCCCGCCGUGACAGUAUCGUUCGUACGAAGCAAUAAACUAUUCAAGCUGCGCUACACAUUCAUCAAUAUCCGCAAAGAUUUUACCGGGGCUUUGAAAUGUCUGGAGCUCGGCGGAGGUGUUGGACAACAGAAUGCUUUUCUACACAGCUUCAACACAACGAGAUUACCUGUACCGCACUUAGAACACCCGAAACUCCCAGGCGAAGACUCCCUCCGCAUAUCCUUUCUCGACGAGCAGACCGUCCAAACAGGAACCACCGUAUUCGCAACACAAAUAUCCUACACUUUUGAAGAUUGGACAGAUUGCGUACAAUUCCAAGAACUCGUCCUUGCCUCGAAACUCGUCUUCAUCGCUGGCAUCGCUGAAGCCAAGUCCAAGGGGCGUGGGGAAGAGUGUAUCAGCCAGAAUCUACGCAUCCUCCGCGGCCACAGUGGCAAAUUGGUCAUGCUAUUCUUCGCCAACUCACAACGCAAGGAGCGAAAACGAUACGUCUCCAUCCCACUCUCCUGUAUUGACAGUGUUAACCCUGGCAAGAACUCCCGACGGCCGGUUGUCCUCCAGCUCCAGCCAAACUUCGACCACUUAGCACAGAUGAAGACACUACAGCUCCAGUUUUUGGAUGAACAAGAUCAAAAGGCGUUUUGCUCAUUCCUGACGGACAACUUGCGGUGACGGCGUCGGCUUAUCUUCAUUUAUUUGGGACCUCUUCCGUUUCGUCUUUAGCUUAGCAUUGGGAUACCAGGGUCGCGUUUGCCAGUUGCAUUUGGUUCUUUGUCUUUACCGGAGCGCGGCGGCGUAUCUCACGGGCACUGUAUUAUUCUCACACCUCACAUCUUAAUCACAUGACGGGAUCAUGACCUCGAUUUCAGGUCUUGCUGCGGCCUCAACUUUCUUCAUCCUCGGCGUAAACCUUGUAGACGAGAUGUUCCGAAUUUGCGUUAAAUUGCGCAUGGCUGGAACUCGCGAAAGUUCGGAAACUGCGGCAAAGAGCCUUCAUCUCCCUGGACGUCGGCUAAAAACGCAAAACACCCACGCUCCAGGCAAACCCAAUCCUCACUGAGCAGCGAUCCCUGUCUUUUGUCUUCUGAUCGGAGGUUGAGUCGCCAAUGGGUGUCGUGAGUGACAAGUGGAGCCUGGCCGAGUCACAGCGUCUGGAGAUCGAGGAUAAAGGCACGUGGGGCGAAGAAUUGGUCCCUGGCGCUGCU